GGUACACAAACGGCAACUAUUAAGCAGCAGAGUCUGCAGCCAUGACUUUACUCUGCCAUCUACUAUGAAGUUCAUCUCUUCUUUGUCAUCACGUUCCUUUUUUCUUCCUGAUGUACUCUGGAAACUAAGCACAGAGCUUCAGAGAAGAAACCAACUUUGGAUAGGAUUGCAGUCCAUGAAAAGUGCAAACUCACUGACCUAACUAGAUGUUGUUGGCUUGUGGAAAGAAGACUUGGUCCUCAGUGGAAACCCAUAUAAUAAAACAAAACUAUAAAGCUGAUGCACACCAGAAAUGGCAUUUGGUUUGGGGAUUGCUGAUCCUUGAGUUUCCUCCUAGUGAUUAAAUCUUGGAUUAUAUGGUUGUGAGACAUGGACGCUAUCCAGUGACCUGAGACGAAGACUGGACUCCAUAGGCUAAAAGACAGAAAGGCCAUAGAAUGAGAGCUGUGGAAUGGAAGCUGUUGAGCAGAAAGAUUUCUUUAUUCACAGGAGGUACAAUUUGACUUGGGCCUUUGUUCUUCUGAUUGGAUGUUACCUGGCUUUGCUGUAUCCUGUUUAUUUCCCAAGGCAGAAAAUUAUUUGGAGAAAAUACAUGAAAGAACACCAACACAAUGAGGUGUUGCUGAAUCAUUCAGCAGAGCUUCUAAACCAGCCCUGUCACCUAAUGUGGAGCCAGGCAAGGCUGAGAGAAUUGUAUUCUGGAAAACUUGCUCCUGGAGUUCCAGUGUUCCUGCAAAUGGGUGAUGUUGGGAGUACUAAAUCAGGUCUAGAUAAGUUUCGGACUCCUUUUGGCCUCAAAGGCAAUACAAAAUUAGCUAUUAAAGCCUUACAAGGACUGCCUCACACCAGUUUAACUCCUGAACUGGUCAGCAGAACCUGCAAACGCUGUGUAGUUGUUGGGAGUGGAGGAGUGUUACACGGAAGCCGACUUGGUAGCCAUAUUGACAGGCACAAUAUCAUCAUUAGACUAAAUGAUGCACCAGUGACUGACUUUGAGGAAGAUGUUGGCUCACGAACAACUAUUCGCCUGACCUAUCCAGAAGGAGCCCCAAAGUCCCCUAAAGAGUACAGUAACAACACCCUCCUUGUCAUAGCCAUUUACAAAAGUGUGGACCUAGCCUGGAUCUCCAGCAUGGUAAAUAAACAGACACUGGGAUGGUGGACCAAACUUUGGUUUUGGAAAUCAGUAGUUGAAUCUGUUCCAAUUAAAGCAGAGAAUUUCCGAAUCCUAAAUCCCAAGAUUAUCCUUGAGACAGCUCAGGAACUUCUACAGUAUCCAGAACCCCACAAUACGAUGACUGCAUUUUCUCAGGUUCCUACUAUAGGGAUGACUGCCGUAAUUGCAGCAAUAAGACUGUGUGAUGAGGUCAGUUUGGCUGGCUUUGGCUACAGUCUCGAGCAACCUGAUAUGCCUCUACGUUAUUAUGAUACACUGCGCAUGGAUGCAAUGAAGGUACAGCCAAUACAUGAUGUGGAAACAGAAAAGAUCUUCUUAAGAACUCUUGUUCAUGCCAGGGUAAUAAAUGAUCUGUCUGGUGGUAUCAGCUAGUAAACAUGUUGUUCCAGUUUGUACCAACUUUAGUAUAUAGUGUAUAUAUACUGAUAUUUAUGUUUAAAAAAAAAAAAAAAUACAAAAAU